UCUGUUUAGAGCAACGGAUCGUUGCCUGUUUCUCUCUCUGGAUGUUCUCUUCAUCAUCUUCGGUCGAGCUUUUUCUUUUCAUUUUUGGCAGCUGCAGGGCUGACGCAUAGGGACAGCGGAGGAGGGGAGGAAAAAAAAAAAAAGAAAGGCGGUAUCUUUAAGCCUCCAAAGUUAUAAUUUUUAUUUUUUGGUAACUCAGAUUCCCUUCUUCCUCUCUUUCUCCUAUUUCUUUUGUCUCUCCGCCCUUCUCGCCGGUGGGCGAAUGGGAAUCUUUCGGGGACGCUGCCUCGUAUGCACGCCUUCCUUUCAUCCCUUACGGAUGCGACCAUAGCGUCACUUUUAUGCAUUAAAGAUUCUUCAGGAGUAGUUUACAUGAGAUGAUGUUGAGGAGCGGAGAUUUGAAUCUUAACCGUCCUUGGCAAGCUUUUGGGGAUUCGACGAUGGAAAGAUUGAAGCAGGCAAUGCUUCAGCAUGAAUUCAUUUUUAGGAAUCAGGUUUGUGAGCUUCAUCGGCUCUAUUGGACUCAGAAAAGUUUGAUGAAUGAGCUUCUAAUCAAAGAUGUCGAUACAGAUGCCCCAAGGAGUUAUUCAUGGCUAAUUAGGGAUUCGGAGGAGAAGAAAAACGCAUUCUGUAUGUCCUCACGAGCCAAAGAGGCUGGAAAUGUGAUUGAUUGGAAAGAUUUUAAGGGACAGUCCACUGAUAUGUUAAAAAAUCAUCCGAGAGAGUUUAGCCUUCACCUCUCUGCUGAUGAUUUUAUCAGGAAUAAGGGCAAAGAGCCGGUCUUUCAUCAUCAAGCUAGCAACCUUCCGCUCAAAGAGGUUAUUGAUCUGGAGAGUUCAGUAGAGUUGCAGUUCCAUGAAGUGAGGGCUUCAAUGGAGAAUUGUUCAGGUGUGUUUGGGACACAGGCAAGUGUUCCUUGGGCUCAGGUUUCCUCAAGCAUAGCAGGAAAUUUUAAGACUCUAAUGGCUUCUGUGACUCAUUUGAGUGAGGAGGCUGGUAGAAAGUUGAGAGAACAAAAGCCUACUCUUCCCUAUGUUGGAGUUGGCGAUUUUUGUAUUGAAGCUUCUGUUAACCAACCAAGAACGAAGCAGCAAGCUACACCCUUGCUGUUUGACCUUAAUUUACCAGUUGAACAUGAGAGCUCUCAUGACCUGAAAGGGACGCUAGAGCAGGAAAAAAGCAACAGCUGCCCAGCAGAAACUUCAUUUAUCCCCAAACCACCAUGGCCGUUUGCUGCGGCGGCUGCCGCUGCAAAACUUUCAUGUGAGAGUAGAACUAGUUCCUUGAUUCUUCAUUGUGAAGCUUCAAAAUCUAACAUUUCAAUCGAUUUGAAGCUGGCCCAUGACACCACAGACAAUAAGAAUGAUGUUGUUUCUGGCUGCCAGAUCCAAGCAGAGUGCUUUGAAGGAUCCACUGACUCUUGUGAUCAAGGUUUUCUUAGCAUAAACGCAUUGCCAAUUUCGAAAUUAUAUAUACAAGAAAAAGAUUAUGUAGAUUCCUCAACAGAUAAACUGAGAUCUUCCUCAAACUUAACUUCGAGCAACAGUAUCAACCUUCCACAAACUGCAAAUAAAGAUUCAGUAACCAAACCAAACAAUAAUGAUGGAACUGAAGAAGAUACUUCAUCUUCAUCGAGUCAUGCGAUUGCUCAAGAUGAGAUUGCUCCUUCCAGAAAGUUUUUGACUGAAUUUAGUGCUCAUGAAAUAAGUAGAAAUAAUGAGUUUUCAAACACUGAUAAUUCUGUAACCACGCAGCUAAACUCCUCAUCACAAAAUGAAGGAUCUUUAAUGGGGAAACUGAAGCCAGAAGAAUGGGAUACCUCCAUCAUAUCAGCAGCCGAAGCUCUCAUGAGUUUUCCUCAAUGUUCAUCUGAUAGAAGCAAGCUUCCUCAAUAUUCCUCUGAUUCGUUUGAGUUAAUGACACUGCAACUAUCUGAGAUCCAAAGUGAAGAUCGUCAUGUUACGAUCGAACCGUCGAAUGUGAACACAACGGGGAAAAAGGAAGGAGGGGUUAGGCUGCGAAGAGGGAGGGGCUUCAGAGAUUUCCAGAAAGAGAUACUGCCUGGUCUAGUAACUCUCUCCAGGCACGAAAUUUGUGAAGAUCUGCACAAUAUUGGUUACAAGCUGCGGAGAGUGAAAUCAAGGAAGGCUAGAGACGACUGGUUUGUGCCAGUUAGAAGUAGAAUUUCUAAGCUAUGUUCAGGGCGUCGGAGGCGUUUUAGUUCUCCAUGAUUUCAGGAUUUGUGAAUAAUUCUGUGUAAAAGUUUUUAUUACAGUUGAGCCAUAA